ACAUUUCUUGUGUGUGGGGAUUUGCUUUCACUGUGGUCUGUUGGGUUUGUGACUUAUAUUGGAAAGAGCCCAAAUUCAAGUGGCUAUAGUUUGGACCAGCCCAUGACCCAUUUUGUUUUGGUGGGGUCUAGAGUCUAGGGUCAAGAAACCUUGUCCCCAUAUAUAUAAUAUAUGUAUGCCUUUCUGACACGAGCGAAGAAAGAGUCAGCCGCAGCCCCAAGGACAAGAAGGAACCUGUUGCAUUGGUGUUGGUCCACGUUCAUCAAGUGAUUCUACAUUCACUCUAAACUCUGAAGACCAGAAUUCUCCAUAAUCGUAUACAUUGAGUUGCAAGACCAUAAUUUAAUGGACCUUCUGAACAGUACACUCUGCUUUGAGAACACGUAUCUAAACAAGAACUAUAAGCUAAGAAGCAUGAGGUCAGUGGGGGCAACUUCUAAUACAAAUUAAAUUUAUGUGACGAUUUACACAUAAAAGUUUCUCCGAUACAGCCUUGGCUAAGAGAAAACCAACAAGUACAAUGAUCAGCUUUAGCCCGGUGAUCAUCGUUUCAAGCUUUGUUUCUGUGCUCCAUCUCUUAGCUGUCAUCAAAAUCUUUCACAAACUAUGGUGGACUCCAACUCGCAUACAGAAUCUGAUGGCUUUGCAAGGAAUCAGAGGCCCUUCUUACAGACUUGUCCAUGGGAAUUCCAGAGAAAUCAACAACAUGAGAAAGGAAGCUAUGAGCAGACCCAAGAGUUUAUCACACAACAUAUUUCCUGAAGUUCAUCCUCAUAUUCAUUCAUGGACCAAGACAUAUGGCAAAACAUUUCUUCAGUGGCAUGGUGGUAAAGCACAGUUGGUCAUUAUGGAACCUGAGCUGUGCAAAGAGAUACUGAAUGGAGCUUUUCCAAAACCGGAGACCAAACGUUUUGUAAAGAAGCUGUUAGGAGAUGGCCUCACACGAUCCGAAGGUGAAAAAUGGGUAAAAAUGCGAAAACUGGCUAACCAUGCCUUCCAUGGAGAGAGCUUAAGAACUAUGAUUCCGGCGAUGAUUACUAGCGCUGAGACGAUGCUAGAAAGGUGGACAAGUCAUAAUGGCAAAGAGAUUGAGGUGUUUGAAGAGUUUAGACUGUACACUUCAGAAGUGAUUUCUAGGACAGCAUUUGGAAGCAGCUAUAUAGAAGGAAAACAGAUUUUUGAGAUGUUAAUAAAGAUGGGAUUCUUAACAUUCAAAAAUGCUUUCAACCUCAGGUUUCCUGGCAUCAGUAAAAUUUAUAAGACCAGCGACGAGAUUGAAUCAGACAAGCUUGAAAAAGGAAUAAGGGACUCCAUAAUAGAAAUUGUUAAGAAAAGAGAAGAGACGGCAAUGAGAAGACAAGAAGACUACUUUGGGAGUGAUUUUCUUGGAUUACUGCUAAAGGCUUAUCAUGAUCCCAAUGAGAGGCAGAGGAUUUCGAUAGACGAUUUAGUUGAUGAGUGCAAGGCGUUUUACUUUGCUGGACAAGAAACUAGUACUAGUUUGCUUGCUUGGACUGUCUUUCUUCUGGCUCUCCAUACUGAUUGGCAAGAAGAAGCAAGAAAUGAAGUCCUACAAUUAUUUGGCAAACAAACACCAAAUCCUGAUGGCUUUUCCAAACUGAAAACAAUGAGUAUGAUCAUCAAUGAAUCUCUAAGGUUAUAUCCUCCUGUUCUUGCUGUAGAGAGGAGAGUUGAAAAGGAAGUUAGACUGGGAAACCUCGUCAUUCCUGCCAAUGUUGAAUUGCAUAUUUCAAGUCUAGCACUUCACCAUGAGCCUCAAUUCUGGGGACAAGAUGUGCAACUUUUCAAGCCAGAGCGAUUCUCAGAAGGGGUUGCUAAGGCUACUGGGAAUAACAUAGUCGCAUUCUUACCAUUUGGAAUGGGGCCUCGAACUUGUGUGGGCUUCAACUUUGCCACCGUUGAAGUAAAGAUUGCUCUUUCAAUGAUUCUACAACGCUACUCGUUCACCCUUUCACCGGGUUAUGUUCACUCUCCCUUUCAUUUUCUUACACUUCGUCCACAGCAUGGAGUUCAAGUAAUGCUACAGACACUGUGAACUAUGAAUUGCUCACAAAUCUUGCCCUUUGCCUAUUGAGUACCUAGAAUUGCUUACAGAUUUGACAUAUACAUAUAGUAGUGUUUAAUAUAGGUUCAACUGAUAAAUAUCUUGUUAAAUUUAUACUAUAUCUUUGGUAAAUGAAAUCAAAUAUAUAAGAAAA